CAAGCGGCCGGUGUGUGACAACGAGAAGAUGAUCCCAGGGAUGAUGCGACGAUGCGCAUGCGCCACCGACGGGUCCUCUGACGGACAGAUAAAUAAAACAUAUGAAUAUAUCAGUCAUUUGACUUUGACUCGUUCCCUCCAUAAACUUCAUAACCAAAAAUCUCUACGAUCUUCAGUUUUUAGUUUAAGUUAUUUAACAACGAAAAAUUGACGAUUUUUACUUGCCCACGGUGACAAUGGAAAUUUGAACUUCUUAUUCAUCUCGUUUGACAACCAUCAGCUUUACUCGAAGAUGGAUAUUUUGGAGGAUCCAACCUUCAGAAACAAAUACCAAAAACACAAAUUGAGGGUGAAACGAUGGGAAAAUAGUUUCAAGGAAAAGUAUGCUCGUAAACCAAACAAGGAUGACAUCAGAGCAGCUGACGAAUCCAUCAAAGAGUCUUACAAAAUGUACUACAAACUCAAGACUCAAGCCCUGGAGGAAACUCUUUUGGAUAUAACUUUUCCGGAUGAGUCACAGGCUAAUAUAACUGCGAAUACAAGCGGAGGGGCCGAUGCUUCAUGGAACUCUGAACUCAAUUGUACAAACCUGGACAUAACGCCGACCGACGCGUCAGUGAGGAACUCGGAGAACAUAGAUCCGGGAAUAUCAUUAGCAGACUCCUCCGACUCGCAGGGCGUAACUACAACAACAAAGAGCGAAGAAAUGCCCAAUGUUGAAGGAGUUUGGGGCUCACAUUUGAACAAAGACAAAAACACCGAAGCUUCUUCAAAAACUAAGUCCAAUCUUGCCAUAGGUCGUUCAACGAGUUUCCAACUAUCUCGAAAGUUAUUUUCCUCUUCAAAUUUAACCAAGAGGAAUCCUCGAAAAUCCCUCUCUAUGAACAAACUCAAGACCGCGAAAUCGACUCUGGAGGAGAGCGUGAACGAAUCGUCGAGUCUCGAAACCACCGACGGUUUUGAUCCGAACGAGUCGAACGUGUUCGGCGAUACGUUAAAAGUCAUCAGUCAGGAUCUAACGAAAUCAGCGCCUCUACCAACGAACGCUAUCGAUCGUUUGAUCAAAGGUUUUCCAGGAAAAACAAAUCGCGAAGUGAAUUAUGCCUGGUUGGAGCGUUGUACAAAAGAGGACCAGCAUCUCCCGGCCGAGCGCGCUAUUUACGAUCCUAAUCGUUUGUCCGGUACGAGCGAUUCGGGUAUCGAUUCAAUGAACACGAGCGAUACGCCGACAUUCGUCGACGUUCCAAGAGACACCCAGCUCGCUGAAGCGGAGCUAACGGAUUCGGAGGAUUUCGUUUGCAAAAGCGAUUCCGAAGAAGAGUACAACGGACGAAAGGUGGUAGGUGGGAAAGUGCGACGCAACAAGCGCAUGAGGAACUCCGGCUCUUUUCCCGAAGGCCACUCAUCUCCCAUGCCCCUGGUCAAACGAAGGUGUCUCGCUCAAGACAACGGCAGUCCGAUCGACGCCUCCGUUUCCGCUGACAAGCCAAUUCCGGCCGCGACCAAAAUCAUCGUCACCGAAACGAAACCGGAAACGAGAGAAAACGAAGAGGCGAGGAAGGUGGAUGCAGCGACAACGAAAAAUAACGGAGGUAGAACGAAGCGACAGGCGAAAAAGACGACGCCGGCAAGCGUCAAGCGAACCUCUGCCAGAACGAGAAAAACAGCGGAAACGAAAGGUGUUGUUGCAAGAGCUAAUAAACGCGUGACGCGAAAUAAAAUGCCAAAGAAAGCAGAGGCGGAGGAAGAGGAGAAAAAGGACGAUGAGAGUUGUCGAGAUGUAGGAAGUGUCGAACAAGAUUCGAGCACGGGAAUGUACGGAGUCGAAGUCGUGGAGCAACUCGUUCCACGCUUUGCAAUGCCUCAAAGUACGAGCGGCAAUCUCGUCGAGGAUUUCUCACGGUCCGUCGAGAGUUCGAUUUCAUCGAGUGAGAAAGUAGUCUCGAGUACUUGUGGCGGCCUUGGCGGUUCUGGAUCGAACGAAACGUCAGCGGCCCGUGCAAGACUCGAAAAGAAAAUAGCCUCCGGUACGGUAAAUCAAAACUUCGUUCGUAUAAAUCUAAAGAAGAAAGUAUUCGUCAGAGGGAAGAAAAAUUUCAACUCUUCGAAAUAUCGUAAGAACCAGUGGAAGCAGAGAAAGAAGGAAUUGUCAUCGAGCGAGGGAGCUCUCGAUUUGGCCGAUUUGGCAGAGAAGAAUGCUGGGGCUUGUUUCAAAUGUGGAGAAACGGGACACUUCGCGAGUCGCUGCACAGCCGCGAAGGGUCAUAAUUUGCUGCCGAUCGAGGACGUGCCGGAGGAAGGCGUGGAGUUUUUGACUCUCGAGCAAGUUGAAAAAAUGGCGAAAGAGGAGGCUGUCGCUGCCCACUGCAGGAGAAUCGACGAGUUACCGAUAUGCCCGAGUUUUUCCGAGAACGCGAGCGAAGCCGAGGAGGACUGGAAGACGGACGACGAAGAGGCCCAUUUCAAGGGGCAUAAAAUUCCAGAAGAUCUGUUAGCGAAGCUCGGUAUGUCACAGAGCAUCAAGGGGGUCGUAGGCGGCUCGGAGGACGCAGCCUCGGGGCCGAUAUACCAAUCGAACCCGGAUGGUAGCCUGAUCGAAACACCCGACGAGGUAUUCGAAGCCCUGAGGCUCUUUGGUCACGAGAAUUUCCGCGCGGGCCAGGAAAAAGCGAUAAUGAGAAUACUGUCGGGGCAAUCGACUCUGGUGACUCUCUCAACGGGAUCCGGCAAGUCACUGUGCUACCAAUUGCCGGCUUACUUGUAUGCGAAACGCUCGAGAUGCGUGACCCUCGUGAUAUCGCCCCUCGUUUCUCUCAUGGACGAUCAAGUAACCGGGGUGCCGAAAUUUUUGUCUGCGGCCGCUUACCACACCGGACAAACCCCCAAGGUCAGAGAGCAAAUAAGCCAGAAGAUCAAGGACGGCGAGCUCGACAUUAUUCUCGUUUCACCCGAGGCUGUCGUCGCCGGUGACAAGACCAACGGUUUCAACUCGCUCUUUAGGCAACUCGGACCAAUCGCUUUCGCCUGUAUCGACGAGGCUCACUGCAUAUCUCAAUGGUCCCACAAUUUCCGUCCUUCCUACCUGAUGCUCUGUCGUGUGCUCCUCGAAAAAUUGGGCAUCAAGACUAUUCUGGGUCUGACGGCCACGGCGACCAGGGCUACCGCUUCGAGCAUCGUCAAACACUUGCACAUACACGACGGCCUGGAGGGCGUCAUAUCGGAUAUUCCUAUGCCGAAAAAUUUGACCCUGACCGUUUCCAGGGACGAGCAAAGAGACCGGGCUCUCGUCGAGCUUCUUCUCAGCCCGAGAUUCGCGGAAUGCGACUCGAUUAUUGUUUAUUGCACGAGGCGCGAGGAGUGCACCAGAAUUGCCGGAGUCCUUCGGGUCUCUUUACAGAACUCGAGACAGGACGAGGCGGCUUUGAAAGGCUCCAAAUGUUCGCCCCACGCCGAAGCUUAUCACGCCGGUCUGCCAGCGGCUCGACGCAAAGUCGUCCAAAAAUCCUUCAUGACCGGCCGAACGAGGAUCGUCGUUGCCACCGUCGCUUUCGGCAUGGGUAUCAACAAAUCCGACAUCAGAUCCGUCAUCCACUACAACAUGCCAGGGAGUUUCGAAGGUUACGUGCAAGAAGUUGGACGAGCCGGACGCGACAAUCUUCCCGCUCAUUGUCACCUCUUUCUCUCACCCGUGCAAGACGCCGAUAAGCUGGAGCUCCGCCGUCACGUAUACGCGAAUAGCGUGGACAGGCACACGAUCCGUCGUCUCCUUGGAAAGAUUUUUCUCCGGUGUUCGUGUCGAAGCGCGAAAUCGUCGGAGGCGGAUGGUUCCGAUGGGAACUCGAGCGAGAAGCGGCAACGUUGUCCCGGUCACGAGGUCGCGAUACCCAUUGACGAGACUGUCCGGGCUCUCGAUGUUACGGAAGAAAUCAUAUCCACACUGCUGUGCUAUCUCGAGCUCCAUCCCAAAAGAUUCGUCACCGUUUUAUCCUCCGUUUACGCGAGAGCUGUUGUCUCGAGUUACGCCGGUCCAGGAGCGCUCAAAGCGGCUGCGCAAAAGUCACCGCCUCUCGCAAUGGCGAUAGCCCUCGACUUGAAAAAAGGAAUCUGUCACGACCAGAGCACCGUGGUAGAAUUCCCCGUAGUCGAUGUAGCAGCCGCUAUCGGUUGGGACAGCGGUGUCGUCAAGAAUCACUUGAAACAAUUGGAAUGGGAAACCGCGACGGAAAGUACGACGUCACAGCGUUCAGCGAUAUCCGUAAAGUUUGACACCCUCGGAUUGCGGGUCAGAGCACCGGGAGAUUUGACGGAUGCGGAGCUCGACGAGGCACUGGAGGCGCUCGCCGAUCGCGCUCGAUCUCAGGAAAUUUCAGCGUUGCGCCAGCUCGAAACUAUUCACUCCUCCCUCGAGAAAUACAGUACCAGGAAUGUGCACCAAUGUAUGCAACUCGACGAUGAUAUUUCCUCGAAAUCGGAGCUCCUCAAGCAAACGAUAAGGCAAUACUUUGACUCGGAGCCUUCCGGUAACGAGUCCGGGCCGGUCCCCCUUCCACAGGAAAACGGAGCCUCGAACGAGAGUGAAAUAACGAGCGACGUCCGUUGCCUGAUAUCCAGCUAUCGCGAUACCAAUUUUACCGGACGAGCCGUCGCUCGAAUAUUUUAUGGUAUUCACAGCCCAAAUUAUCCAGCUCUCACGUGGAGCCGCUGUCGUUUUUGGAGAUGCCACCUCAAAUCGGAUUUCAACUUGAUAUGUCGCAUCGCCAACAGAGAAAUAUUAGCGAUGCGUUGAGGUCGGAAUACUAUUCCUUUCGUCAAAUAUAAUAUAUUUUUGAAAUAUUCUUACACUUGGGUAGACAAUUUUUAAUUAAAAAACUACAGGAUUACGUUUACGUACUCAGCAACGACUGAAGCAGUAGAGGCACCAGUACAGCAACAACGGACAUCAUUUUACAGUGUAUAUAAAUGUUUCAUCAGGUUUUUAUUACCGAGUCCCUACGAUGAGUUACGACUAGUUAUGAAAAACCAAGGGGUGAGAUGGAAGGGUAUGAUUAUUGAUAAAAUCGUCGUUCAAACAAAUACUUCAGAUAACAAGUUUAUUAUAAGUAAAUAUAGAUGAAUAAAAAAAACUGUUCCCGGCCAUCAGGUAA